UCCUGGCAAGAUAGAGCAGUGACUGUCAGCUCCAAGCCUGGUUGGGGUUUAUUGGACAAAGACUCUUUGGGACUGUCUCAGAGACAGGUAAAGGGUGACCAAGCAAGAAAGAAGUAGAAAGAACCCCAAAAGAAAGAGAAGCAGUAACUAAAGAGUUUAGUGUGUGACUGGAGGUCAGGGAGAGAGUAGAACAGAGCCAACAGUAGCCAAGAGAUUGGGGGGUGGGCAGUCAGAACACAGGCCUGAGGUCUAAGAAAGAAAACACCAGCCUGGCAGUGUGUUAGUGACCCAGCAUCGCCCUUCCUGAAGAUCUACAAAGGCACAUGGGUCCUGAAAAUUUCUUUUAUUCUGGCGACUGGAAGCUGAACUAAGGAAGUCCAGAGGGCAUUUGCAAAGGCCCCUCAAGUCACAGGGAGGCUCAGGGCUCACUUGGCGACACAGGGCCCAUAGGUGGCACCCCAGCCUCUCAGGGACUAUCUGAGGUCAGCAGGAAGGGGACACAAGUCAGAAAAGAAGACAAAGGUGGACGCUGGCUCCAAACCUCUCCCUACCAACUCUGCAUCGUUUCUCUGUUUCUGUUACCCUUGAGCAGUGAUUGCUGAUUGGGAAAGUCGUCACCUCCAAGACCCUGUCUGGAAAACUGAACCUCUGUCUGGUGACAACUGUGGACACAGGACAAGCAGCUGUCAGCUCUUCCACUGGAAGCCACUCCUGGUCUUGUGGGUAUACGAGGUCCAUGGAAGUCCCUGUGUCCGAGGGAUCGUGCUUCAGUCACCCAGCAUCAGGAUCCCUGAACACCACCCCGGUGUGCCCUCUGAGUUCCCAGAAGCUCCAGGAUGAAAGUACACCACCCUCUGCUGGCAUCAUCCUGGGCACACACAGAGUGUCCCUCCCAGCUGUCUUCGGGGCAGGCCACGGCAGGCCCUACGAUCCACGGGGACAUGGAGAAGGAGAGUUCAGGGUAUAAUGAGGCUCGGGAGAAGCGGGGCCUGUCCUUCUCCAUUGACGCUAUCCUGAAGAGGCCCUCAGAGAAAAGAAACACACCCAGACCGCAAAGCGUAGGAGAAGAGGACUCCAGGCAGACAGCAACCCCAGGUUCAAAGCUAGAGAGGCCCCCACAGGAUCAGUCCCAAGAGGAAAAAAAGAACAAGCGGAGAGUUCGCACUACCUUCACCACGGAGCAGCUACAGGAACUGGAGAAGCUCUUCCACUUUACCCACUACCCCGACAUCCAUGUCCGGACCCAGCUGGCCUCCAGGAUCAAUCUGCCUGAAGCUCGAGUACAGAUCUGGUUCCAGAAUCAGAGAGCCAAGCGGAGAAAACAGGAAAAGAUUGGAAGCGUCAGCGCAUCGCAGCAGCCUGGUGAGGCCAGCUUGACCCUACCCUCAAACAUGGACGUGGUUGGUCCUGUGCUGACACCCACAGCUCUGCCCAUGUUGGUGCCUCCCACAGGAUGCUACCUAUGCUCUCAGACUCAGCUCACUUCAGCCUGGUUCCCUGCCCAGAUCACCCUUGUCCCAUGGCACCCAUGGGAUCUGCAGCCCUUGCCUGGCUAUCUUACCCAACAGCCUUGUGUUCCUACCCUUACCCUGCCACCUCCAUACCCCAAGUGGGGCAGCAUCUGUGCCACCUCAACAUAGGAACUGGUUGCUCUUUUCCCAAGCAGGCUGCUCUUCUCUCUCAGUGACAGCAGACAACCCUGGACCUCAGGGAAAAUCCCUCCACAAUCCGUCAAUGGCCCACAGCCCAGGAAACAGCCGAGAGCUUGCUAUUGAAGACUACAUUGGCAUGGCAGCAAAAGACAACACACCAGUCCAAGUCAUUCUCCUAGUGCAGAAGCCUGGCUGCCCGAGGACUGGGGAUGAACUCCAGAAUAAGCCACUCCAAUUUACCCCGGUGCUUCCUCUAAUGGCUGUGCCACCUCCAGCUGGUCAGUCACACCCCCUGUAUCUCAUCUGUAACAGAUUUUUUCUGAGAACCCUUUGCUUCCUUACUUUGGGAAGAUGAGCCCUGGGAAGCACAAGAUGUGGGGAGGCCCAGGAGUGGAUUCACAUCCAUGCACCCAUCCAUGACAUCUGUACUGAUCACUAAGCAUUGUACACUUGGGAAUGUGGAGCUGAACAGAUUGGACUCUGCCUAGGUCAGUUGAAAGGUGACACUGACCUCUGCCUGCAUCAGAUGGCGGUGACCUUGCACUUGGCUCCUGUCCAGCACAUUACUAUUGACUUUGGUAUGAAAAAUCUCAGAAUGAGAGAAAAAUAGAAAACAAUAUUUUUAAUUUAAAACAGAAUUUCGUGUCUAUCAUUUGCUGGUCUGGGAAGCAUGACCCGUCCUCACUGGAAUUACUGACGAAGAAGACAGCAAAGCUCUCUGUGCACACAGGGCCCAGCUACCCUGCUUGGCUCUGUGCUGAAAAACCCUGGGCGCAGCUCUUGGUUUCUUUGCAGGGAUGCUAGAUCAUGGUUCUCAACCUGUGGGUAGCGACCCCUUUGGCAAACCUCUAUCUCCAAAAAUAGUUACAGUAGCAAAAUUACAGUUAUUAAGUAGCACAGAAAAUAGAUUUAUAGUUGGAGACCCCCACAACAUGAGGAAUUGUAUUAAAGGAUCACAGUGCUGGAAAAGUUGCCCUAGACAGACCACAUGUCCUGCCUAUGUCUAGUUUUUCAUAUCUCUAGGAGAAAGGCAGUGGCUCCCACCUGGCCUGUGAUACACAGCAUCCAGGAGACAUUGGGAGGAGGGGAGUGCUCCUUAAAAGCCUGAAAGUUGGGCAGACACUGGAAUGAUGUCAGCAUCUCAUGCCUGGGCAGGCGAUGGCUUGGGUCCCCAUCCCAAGAGGUUUCUAGUCCCAGGGAGACCUCCUGCUGGCUUACUUUCUGCCCAGACAUCUCAGAGGCUUGUGGUUGCUGCUCCCCUCAGCUAGUGUAGUUCCAAAGUAAGUUCAAGAAAAUUUAUUCUGAAUCAAAAAACACCUGAAAUCUGCAUGAGUCCUGACCUACCACGGAGUUAGGCCAAGAGUUGGGAAGACUAGGUCUUAGCUCUGUAUGUCCUCUGAUUAGUCUCGGCCUCAGUUUCCUCAUCUGUACGUUAGAGACAGCAGCACCAGCUCUGCACAGUUCCUCCACUGAGCCCUUCAGACAGAACCUGACAUACAGAUAGCUGCAUGUCAGGAGAAGGUUGGGGGCAGAUGAAGAAACACAAAAGAAAGUUAACUCAAAGGCUCACAACUGGGCAGCCUUCUGUGCUGUGUGCCUGUGACAAAAUGCCUGAGAUAAACUGUUUACAAGGAGAAAAGGUUUCAGAGGUUGAAGAUCAGAGUUCUCUGACCAUGUGGCCUUGGGCCUAUGGUGGCACAGUACCACUCAGAGGAGGGUGUGGCAGAGGCCUAUUCACUACAUAGCCACCAGGAAGCAAAGAAGGCAGGAAGGGGCCCGGCGUCCCAACAUCUCCUUUAAAAGGCACACCUUCAGCAACCCAGCUUCCCCAACCUCCCAUGAGCACUCGGGCUAGAAACCAAGCCUUUAACACAUCAGCCUUUGGAGACAUUUAGGCUCAAACCAUGGCGCAGGGGCCCAUUUUGUGGCCAGAAGUUCAUUAUACAAAUGUGACUCCCGCCAUUUCUCUAACAUUGUACUUACUGUCUGCAUUAGAAGCAAGGAUUUAUUCUAGUAGCUUCUAGAUUGCUUUUCAGUGACUCAGAUACUUUUCAGUGACUUGUAGUGUGCCAAGUCACUCAGGGAUUGAAUUCAGGUCAUAAGCCUUCGUAGGAAGGGUCCUUACCUUCUGAGCCAUCUUUCCAGCCUUGGAGACAGGAGCUGCUCCACUACGAGAAGCUCAGCUUCAGCACUGUAGGGAAGGCUGAGUCAGAGGUACACCUUCCUCCCUGGGGACUCUUCUCCCACAAGAACUUUCGAAUUGCUUACCUAUACCCUGGGCCUUCCAAACCCUUAUGAACUGUGUAACCUCAGGCAGCAAAGGACAUGUCCUUCCACCUACUUCUUCCUGGAAUAACAAGUUUCUUGCCUCUGUGGGAGACAUUGACAAUUACAUCAGAGCCUCUGGCACAUGGCAGUAACUCAAUAUGUGUGAGGAGGGUCAUUUUCCCAAGCAGUCUUUCAACCCCUCUUCUGCCUGUAGCAACAUUUUCUGACCCCAGGCACUCUCCCAAUAGCUCUGGAUUCCAUUUCUGGGUUGCCAAGGAACUCUCAAAAGACAUCAAAAUCAUGUGUUUCCUCUUCUCUGGAAAAGGUGACCCUCCUUUUCCUAGCUUCUCUGAGGCUCAGGAAUCCUGACAGAUAAGGCAAAUUGCAUUCUGACUGGCGCUGACUUUAAAGACAAGUGAGAGAAUGCAAGGGUCAUGAAUUUCUCUUUUUUAAAAAAAUUUUUGUCAUUGUAUAUGCAUCAUAUGUAUGUUUGUGCAUGUUUAUGUAUAUGAACAGAAGUGUGCAUGUACAUGUGGAAGCCAGAGGACAACUUCACAUGUCAGUUGUCUGUGGCCUCCGGGACAAUGCCAUCACCACAAUGGAAAGAAAAACAGGCUUAAAUGAAACCCAAGAACUAACAGGGAAGCUUCCCAAAGCCCAUUCAGCCCCCCUCUCCCGGAGGUGCCCUUCAGAGCCCUCACUAGGAAUGUGUCAUCACGGAGGCCCCUGGACUGCACUGUGAGCAUUCUCUAUCUCUGCCCUUUGCCCCGCUCAUCCUCCAGCCAGGAAUGCCCACCCUUCUGUGCGGGGAUACCUUUCCACUUGUGUGUCACAUCUCCAUCAAAGGACAUCCCCACAGCCCUCCUUUGCCCCUCUGAAAUCGGGCAAUCUUUUACAUAAUCCAAUCAAAGAAUGUCUAAUAGCUACUGCAUACAUGUGAUUUUGUAGCUUGGAAAAAGUUAUCUUUAUAGAUAAAAAUUAUAGAUAAGUUCUGCCUUAUCUUUUAUGAUGUCUCUUCCUUCUCACUCCCAUAGAACUGUGAACCUUCUUUGUGAUGAUAUGAACCCAAUUCUGAAAUCCUCCCUGUGCCAAGCACUGAUUCUCACACCAGUCCAGUGACACGGGUUCAUAGUGUCCCACAGGGAAUGGGCUUGCACAUCACACAGCAAAUGUCUGUAUUUAGAAUUCAUUUCUGUCUGAUGCCAAAACUUGGAACCACUACAUACACAAAGUUAUAAUGAUAUAGUUAAUGUAUAUAUAUAUGGUUUAUAAUUAAUGUAAACAUGAAAAUUAUGUCCAACAUCUGUAAUCAUAUAAAUACAUAAUGGUGGGCUCUGUA